AUGGACGACCGACACCACGAAGUAUUAGCUGUGGCAAUUGGCUUCCUCGUGUUGACAUGGGCAACUGUUAGUAUGCGAUGUUAUGUUCGCGGAGUCAUGACAAACACCUGGGGCUUGGAUGACUUUUGUAUGAUUGCCAGCUUGUUCUGGUAUCUUUGCGAACUCCUCUACGUGAUCUCCAACUGCCUCCUCAAGUUCUCGGUCGGUUACUUUUAUCUACGCGUCGCCGUCCAAAGGUGGCACAUUUGGUGCAUUCGGCUGCUGAUGCUGGGCACUAUCCUCUUUGGAUUGAUAUACUUCUUCCUCGUCAUGCUACAAUGCUUGCCAAUCAACACCUUUUGGAACGUCCAUCCCGCAUCCGCAAAGUGCCUACCCGAAGGCCCGACGCUCGGAAUCACAUACGCUCUUGCAGCAGUCAAUGCUGCAGCCGACUGGGCAUUCGGCACCCUUCCAAUCUUCAUUGUCUGGGACCUGAAGAUGAAGCUCAAGACCAAGUUUCUCGUCGCUGGUGUCCUCGCCUUCGCUGCAAUCGGCAGUGUAGGAACGAUCGUGCGCAUGUUCUACCUGCACACUCUUAUGAACGGACCCGACUUCCUAUAUGCGACAACGGAUGUCGCUCUGUGGAGCACAAUUGAACCUGGCAUAGGCAUAGCUGCAGGAAGUAUAGCAUGCUUGCGCCCCCUGGCGCGACUAUGGCUGUGGCAUCUGGGUCUUGCGGAAGCGCCCCACGACCGUCGCUCUCGCAGCUACUAUCAAUCUAACAGCGACCAGAAGCGCAAAGACCGCCGCGGCUAUAGAAGAAAUUUGAGCCCUUCUGAUUUGGUAUCUACGGAAGCUGUAGGCACCACAUCUUUCGAAAUAUUCGGAACCAGGAAAGGACCAGAGACAAGGGAUUUGUCGCUGCCAGAGAUCACGAUUACGGCACCAGAACCUGAGCUGACACCUAGCGGACAAAUUCGUCAGACUGUGACGGUUGAGCAGGAUUACGAGAGCGCUCCCCGUCUCCAACUUCGCGAAAGCUUCCGCCAUAGCUUCACGAGAGGAACUAUUCUCAGUCUUGGGAAGUUCCGAGUUCCGGUCACCCCAGCUCCAGCUCAACAGGACCACCAAGCUAGCCAGUGA